AUGUCGAAAGAGAAGCAUCGCUCUCGCAGCAAGGAGAAGCAGACCGGAAUUCCUUUACCUAACGCUAAGUCCAAAUUACCUCGGGAUGACUCGCAAUCUCGUAAAAAAGAGCAUUCGCGAAGCAAACGCCACAGCGAAAGGUCAAGGGACUCUUCAGGAGAAAAAGAUAAACAUGAGAAAAAGAAGACAAGAUCGAGCUCAGAAGCGGACUCAAGGAAGCAUCACAGAACAUCUGAAAAGGACGAAAAACACGAUCACGCAAAGAAAGAUGGCGAAAAAGAGAAAAAGAAGGAAAAAGAGAAGAGUCGUUCACAGUUGAUUGAACCGCCGCCUCUACCUAAACCUAACUUCGAUGGAUACGAUUACGAUUUUGAGUACGAGGACGACUUCGAAGAUGAUGAAGAUAAUGAGAAUGGCCAGUCCGAGCGCAGUGAAGAAAAGCUACCAAAUGGUAUCCCAUCAACACCCCCAGCAGUCGAACAGAUCGCAGCUUCGAUGACGGUUGAGAAUGAGAGGAAGAUCGAGGUUGCCAUGGAACAAACUCCAUUACUGAGAAGACUGGCUAGUCGACAGGGUGGACGCCCACCGGAACCUGCUGCGGCACCAAAACCUCUCGUCAGGCAACAAUCACGAAUUGCAUCUGCUGAACGAAGAAUCAGUUUCGCAAAUGCAUCGAGCGUAAACGUCAGUGCUCUCGUACAAGCAGAUGAACGAUAUCGCAAACUUCGACAGCUCAUUGUUCUGGAAUCUGUGCCAAUCAUUCACUUGGAUAACCCGCCAGUCAAAGAUUAUGAUUUCUACAUGGAAUUGUUCGGACAGUCUGGGAAAAGCCAAUCGUCAACGCAGACUGGAGACGAUGAUCUCAACGAGGAAACCCAAACUGAGGAUUCUCUUAAUGAGACGAAGUGGACACAACAUCCAGCUCAAGACGAUUUCGGAUGGGGAGCAGAAAGCAGUUCUGUGAAUUUGAAUACGAGAGAGGACGAAGAAAUGGCAAUGUUCCGCGAGAAUCACUUGCAGAACCCACGUUUGAAGCAGUUUAUGGAAUCAGCUGGGCAGGCUGUUAUGGAUCUGAUUUCCUCAAGGCACAAGUCGUCAAAUGCAACGAUGAUGCGUCAAAAGUCUGCUCUUUCCUUCAGUUCCGGUUACAAUUCUUAUGAACUUGGACCCAUCUCUCAGUCCAGCAGAGUUGUAUCGAUAGCGCUGAAUCCAAGAACACCGGAAAUACUUCUUGUUGGUUUUUUCAUCAAGGAAUCUCCAGCGGAAGAUCUUCUGAGCCGCACACUUCUCGUGGAGUUCUAUUUGGAGAAUGAGCAACCUCCAAAAAGGUUGUACCUGUCCGAAGGAGAAGUAGCAUGCACCUGCUACACACCCGAUGGCACAGCUUUGAUUGCUGGAGUGAAUGAUGGAUCCAUGGAAGCGUACGAUCUCCUUGAACCGCCAUAUUCAUUUACAACUACGAUGCCUUGGAUGGACAGUCUCGAUGACAUCCCAUUACGUUCACCAUCGUACGACUCAUCUUUUCUGAGCUCUGCACUUUCAGACGGAAAAACCCAUCCUAUAAUUGAUGUUCAGGUUUUGGCCAAGGAGAAUGACUCAUCGUUCCAAGUGGUGUCGCUCGAGCAGUGUGGGUCCCUAACUCUCUGGGCAUUAGCCAGGGACUCUGCAGAGCGGCCAGGAGUCCGUCCAGAAUCCCAGCUUUCUCUGCAGCUGCUCUCGCUGAUUCGCCCCGAUCCUUUUGUACUAAGGGCUUCAUCGGACCCAACCCCACUUCUCGCUAACUGCAUGAUAACUCGAGCUGAUCCACAAAUGUUUUUGAUCGGAACCGAUGCGGGCUUUCUCUGCAAUUUAUCGAGAACUAAGGCAUCAUCUCAGCGUGGGCCGCGCUUGUUCGAUAGCAAAAUGAAUGUGUUCGGAGAAGUUCUUUGCGCGAAAGCAUCACCAUUUGAGGAGUCCAUUAUUUUGGUGGGAUUCUCCUCAGGGUCCCUUGCCUUGUAUCGCUUGGGACAAAUAAAUCCAGCUACCGUUAUAACACCUCCAUCGAGUUCACGAAAAGCUGUGUCGUCAGUGGAAUGGUCUCCAGUAUCACAAAGUAUUUUCUAUUCUGUUCACGGGUACAACCGUCUGCUCACUUGGGACCUAUCGAUGGGACGCACUCCACAAGCCGUCAGCGAUUUAUCUCAGCAGAUUUCUUCUAAGGUGGUCAUCACUCGAAUUUGGUUGCAAAAAAGCGAGACUCCUGGAAGAACUGGCAUUGCUUUUAUGGCACUGGGUCUAAGUUCGGGUAUGAUCGAAGUACACGCAUUGGAAACAGCAAGAGCAAAACGAGAAGGAAAUUUACUAUCAAUAAUCAAAUCACUGGACGAGUAG